AUGCGAGCGAGGACGAAUUUGAAAAAAAACUAUCGCAAACUGGCUUUGAAAUACCACCCGGACCGCAACCCGGACGAUCCCAAAGCCGAGGAAAAAUUCAAAGAGGCGGCGGAAGCCUACGACGUGCUGAACGACCCCGAAAAGCGCAGCUUGUAUGACCGCUACGGUCACGACGGCCUGCAGGGCGCCGGCUUUCAGGGCUUUGGCGGCGCCGAGGACGUCUUCUCCAGCUUCGGCAGCAUUUUCGAGGAACUGUUCGGUUUUGGCGGCGGCGGACGCCGAGGCGGACGCACCGCGGCCCGCGCCGGCGCGGACCUGCGCUACGACGUUCAGGUCACCCUGGAAGAAGUCGUUUCCGGUACCGAGAAAAUGCUGGAGUUCGACAAAACCGAGACCUGCAUCCAGUGCCUGGGCAAGCGCACCGCACCGGGCACGCAACCCACCACCUGCGGCACCUGCGGCGGCAUGGGACAGGUGGAGCGGCGGCAGGGCUUUUUUGCCAUGCGUACCACGUGCCCGCGCUGCCGCGGCCAAGGCAUGGUGAUUACCGACCCGUGCCCCGAGUGCCGAGGGCUGGGGUUGGUGCAAACGCCCAAGAAGCUGUCGGUGAAGAUCCCGGCCGGCAUGGACGAAAACUCCCGCCUGCGUCUCACCGGCGAGGGCGAGGAGGGCACCAACGGCGGGCCGCCGGGCGACCUGUACGUGGUGGUGCACGUAGCGCCGCACGAUAUUUUCGAGCAGGACGGCACCGACGUGCAUUGCGAGGUGUGA